UCAAAGCGCUCUCUCUCUCUCAUCUCCAUCAAAAGAUCCCAAUUUGGAUCUCGACGCGCUCGAUUUGUGGAAUCGAGUGGCGUCUAAUUACCCCAAUUUCCCCAAUUUCGCUCCGCGAUAAUAAUCAAAAUCCAGUUAUUCUUCAACUACACAAGGAGAAGGUUGGGAUUUCCUUAAUUAUACCUGACCUUCUCCCACUAUUUUUGAAAUAUAAAGCCCCUGUAGUGUAGAGGAAAUGGGUGUGCCAGCAAGGAUACCCGGUACUCCAGCUUCAAAGAUUGAGAGGACACCAUUUUCUACUCCUGGUGGCUCUAGAGUAAAAGAGGAGAAGAUUUUCGUCACGGUUCGUGUGAGGCCCUUGAGCAAGAAAGAAGAAGCUCUUAAGGACCAAAUAACUUGGGAAUGUAUCGACAAUCAAACAGUCUUGUACAAGACCCCAUCGCAGGAUCGUGCCAGCUCACCAGCCUCCUAUUGUUUUGACAGGGUAUUUGGACCUUCCUGUUUAACCGAGACAGUCUAUCAAGAAGGAGCCAAGGAGGUAGCCUUAUCAGCAUUGAAGGGAAUUAAUGCAACCAUUUUUGCUUAUGGCCAAACUAGCAGUGGGAAAACAUAUACCAUGAGAGGCAUCACAGAGAGUGCUGUAAAUGACAUUUACAAGCACAUUGAAAAUACUCCAGAGAGGGAAUUUGUUAUCAAAAUUUCUGCUAUGGAGAUUUAUAAUGAGAUUGUAAAGGAUCUGUUAAAACCAGAUUCUGGCCCCCUUCGCCUAUUAGAUGAUCCGGAGAAAGGAACUAUUGUUGAGAAACUGGAAGAAGAAACUGCAAAAGAUGGCCAGCAUCUGAGACAUCUAAUUGGCAUUUGUGAAGCACAAAGACAGGUUGGUGAAACCGCCUUAAAUGAUACAAGCUCAAGAUCGCACCAAAUAAUAAGGCUGAUGGUUGAGAGUAGCCUACGAGAAAAUUCAGGCUGCGUAAAGUCUUUUGUUGCUAGCCUGAACUUUGUAGACCUUGCAGGAAGUGAGAGGGCAGCACAAACUCAUGCAAGUGGAACUCGGCUUAAAGAAGGAUGCCAUAUAAAUCGUAGCUUGUUGACUUUGACAACUGUUAUAAGGAAACUCAGUAUCGGUAAAAGAAGCGGGCAUAUACCAUACCGAGAUUCAAAGCUAACACGUAUAUUGCAACUCUCUCUUGGUGGAAACGCGAGAACAGCCAUCAUCUGUACAAUGAGUCCGGCACAAAGUCAUGUUGAGCAAUCUCGAAACACUCUCUUCUUCGCAACCUGUGCCAAGGAAGUUACCAAUACUGCUCAAGUUAAUAUGGUUGUGUCGGAUAAGCAAUUGGUCAAACAUCUGCAGAAGGAAGUUGCUAGACUGGAAGCAGAACUACGCACUCCAGAAUCUUCUUCAUGUUCUGAGACCCUUUUGAUGGAGAAAGAAAUGAAAAUUAAGAAGAUGGAAAUGGAAAUGGAAGAACUGAAGAGGGAAAGAGAUGUCGCGCAGUCAAAACUAGAUGAGUUGCGAAAGAAAAUGGGUGACGACCUCUCUGGGUGGAAUCCAUUUGAUUCAUCACCACACUGCGUAGCAAAAUGCCUUACAUUCUCAGGCCCAUCACCACAAGCUCAGCCCAAAAAUCCUAUGAGGCAAUCAUCAACUGCUCCAUUCAUGCUCAUGCACGAAAUCCGGAAGCUUGAGCAGUUGCAAGAACAGCUGGGAGAGGAAGCCAAUAGAGCUCUAGAAGUGCUCCAGAAGGAGGUAGCUUGCCAUAGGCUUGGAAACCAAGAUGCAGCCGAGACUAUCGCUAAACUUCAAGCAGAAAUAAAAGAAAUGUGCACCGUGCGAUCCGUAAACAAGAAAGUUGAAGUUGAAAAUGCAGUCGAUGGAGCCAACUUGAAAGAAGAAAUUACUAAACUUCAUUCACAGGGCAACACCAUCGCCAAUCUCGAAGCACAGCUGGAAAAUGUCCAAAAAUCAAUAGACAAGUUAGUGAUGUCGCUCCCAAACAAUAGAAGUAGCGAGUGUAAUAGUGAGAUGAAUACUCCAAAAUCUUCGAAAUCUCAUUCUAAGAAGAAGAAGAUGCUUCCUUUGGCCUUAAGCAGCAGCAGCAACCGACCAAAUUUCAUAAAAGCACCAUGUUCUCCUCUGUCUUCAGCAAGGGAGAUAUUAGAGUCUGAGGUUGAGAACAGAGCUCCAAAGAGUGAGAAUAUUAUAUCCCAUGAGGACUUACCAAGUUCGGAGAAAGCCACUCCAACUAAGAGUGAAGAUGGUGGAGAGGUCUCAUCGAGGGAGGGCACGCCAAGUGGCUAUAGGCGGUCUAGUUCGGUUAAUAUGAGGAAAAUGCAAAAGAUGUUCCAAAAUGCGGCGGAGGAGAAUGUAAGGAGCAUUAGAGCAUAUGUCACAGAGCUUAAAGAGAGAGUUGCUAAGCUGCAAUAUCAAAAGCAGUUGCUCGUUUGCCAGGUAUUGGAGUUGGAAGGAAAUGAGGCAGCUGGAAAUGGUGCACAAGGGAGAGAAGACGACAUCUCGGCUCAUCAAAGCUCCCCUGAAUCAUGGCAAGCCAUGUUCAAAGAGCAGAUGCAGCAGAUAAUGCAAUUAUGGGAUGUUUGCCAUGUAUCCAUAAUUCACAGGACCCAAUUUCAUAUGUUAUUUAGAGGUGACCCAGCUGAUCAGAUAUACAUUGAAGUAGAGCUGAGGAGACUUAUUUGGCUGCAAGAGCACUUUGCAGAGGUUGGUGAUGCAAGCCCUGUGCCUACCGGAGACGAUUCGGCAGUUUCUCUUUCCUCAAGUAUCAAAGCAUUGAGACACGAGAGAGAAUUUCUAGCAAGAAGGAUGAGCGCACGGCUAACUAAGGAGGAAAGGGAGCAACUUUUCCACAAAUGGCAAGUCCCCCUCGACGGGAAACAAAGGAAGCUUCAGCUGGUGAACAAGCUGUGGAUGGACCCAAACGACCCAGCAAACGUCGAGGAGAGUGCCAAUAUAGUGGCCAGGUUGGUUGGCUUCUGCGAGGGAGGGAACAUUACCAAAGAGAUGUUUGAGCUCAACUUUUCACUGCCGGCAAGUAAGAAGCCAUGGCUUCUGGGGUGGCAGCCCAUAUCAAACCUGCUAAGACUAUGA